AUGCCGCUGUUCACCUACACCAACGACGGUGCGAUUGAUGACGACGGAUGCCUGGGGAUGGUGAACAACACCCCUGGCUUUAAUGCCGACACGCUUGCAGAGAAGUGCCCAGACGUGAAGAAUCUCACCAGCGGGAUGUACAAGUACACCUUCAUUGCUUACCAGGACCCAAGUUUCGAUUGGCCGAACUCCACUCUCACUUUCCGGAACAGGGUCGAGGUUGGCGUCUUCUCCACGAUCACCAUCAACUCGGACAAGACUCUCGACACCAUCGGUUCAACAGCAGUCUCGAAGAUCCGCUUCGAGGAUAGCUCGAACUCCAGCAUGUACCUCGAAAUCGAGCUGCCGACUGUGGUGACCACCGGUCGCAAGGAUUCCCAGAAGUCAGAUGCAAACGGUGCCACUGUGACGGUGACGAAGAUCAGCGACACGUCCUUCUACUUGGACUUUGAGAUGGCAGCUCCGGGACCCGACAACAUCGCCUUCUACGACCCGGCAGUCACGGGGCAGGGCCCCCCGUCUGCUGACACAAGCAUCGGAUCUGGGUUCGCCGCCGGUCCCUGCCUGUGGGUCCUGUUGUCAUCCCUUCUCUGGAAGGUUCUGUAA